AUGACUCUCGCUAUUUACGUUUAAUAGUAAUAUGGCCGCUCAUUUAUAUCGUAGGUUUUUAAGAUUAUGUGAAAUUUGGGGAUUGGAUUCCACUAAAAAAGGUAGAGAUUUAGGACAACACAUAAGAGAAAGAGUAACGCAGACAUUCGUACACGGAGAGGUAACAAAAGUGAAUAAUUUGGAAGAGUGUGUAGAGUUUCAUGAAAGUUUGCUUCGGUUAGCCAAUAACUAUUAUGGGAAACACUAUCAGCGGCACGACAUAUCGUCUGCUUCUGGUUUGACCGCUGAGGAGUGUCGAAUGAUCGUAUCUACGGACUCAAUGAAACAACUUGCUCAUAUAGAGGAGGCUGGAAUGAUAGACAGAUUUAAAACAUAUUUUUCAAGUCCAGUUACUGAGCAAAAAUAAUUAUUAGGCAAAGUUCAGUGAUUGGAAAUUACUUUCUUUAUUAUAUAUAAAAAUUAUAGGAUUUUGUUUGUAUCAUGUAUGCUAAUAGUAACACUAACAGUAACUUGAUUUUGAGAUUGAAAUAGUAUUGAAAAAUAAGUGUUAAAAGAGUUUAAACGUGAGGCUAUUAAAAGUGUUAGUAAUAAUAGUAUUAGCCCUGAAGCUAUAACUAGAAGAGAUUUUAUAAUCGACUAGUGAGAAAUAAAGCGAAGCCUAGAGCUGAUGGUGUAGACUGCAAUUUGUACUACACGUGAACUAGGCCUACAUCAGUACAACUUACAAGUGAAAUAAAGAAGUUGGUCAAUGUGGAAAAGAUGGAAUUGGAAAAUAGUAAAACUCAGCACAAAAAAUCAGAAAACAUGUAUGUUUGUGUGAACUGUGGAAGAUCAGCUCCUACUCUGUAUAAACACUUCAGUUCUGAUGUGUUAAAGCUCUGUCACUGUAGCUACUGUGGCAAGGUUGUAGAUGAAUACAUUGAAGUUGAAAUUACUGUCAUAUUCAUUGAUGCUCUUUUACAGAAAACAGAAGCAUACCGACACAUUUUGUAUAACACGCAAAUACAGUCAUUAUGGAAGUUGGCUACAAUAUUCCUUCUGUGUGAUGCCUACAGAAUGUGGGUCAUGGAGAAAGAAUCUAAGCCUCAUGUAGGUACAGUUAGAGAAGAGCUUGUAUAUCUGGAGCUGGAGUGGGGAUUCUAUCUCAUGUGUCUUAAAGCUUUAUUAGGAAAUGCUGUUCACUUCUUACUUUUGGCUGUUGUAGGUUAUGUGAUGGACAUCAUUUUUAAUGCUAAAAGAGAAAGUUUUCCAUGGAAGAAACUUUUUAUUAGCCUAAUUUUAACAAGCUUUGGAAAAAUCUUCUUUAUACCAUCUAUUUUGUGGAGACAAGGCAGUGAAAUUGGUCAAGUCACUGACAUUUUAAUCACCGUAUUUGUUCUUGUAUCCCACAUUCAAGCUGUAAAAGUGAUUCUUAGCUCUUCCACAUGCUUGUCAACAUUUCAAGUGCUUUUUACAUAUGCUGUACAAACCAGAGUGGAGGUUCUUCUCAACAUGAUGGAAUUCUAGGUUAAAAUGUAGCAUAUUACCAUGAAACAACUUCAAUCUGUAACGUAGAUAUCUAAAAAAAAAAAUUUUAUGAUAUCAAACUUGUACUUACAGUAAUUAUUGCUUGGAAAUGUAACAGUACUAUAAGAUUAACUAGUAAUAUCAUUAAACAUAAUUUUUGAAAAUAGAGAUUGUUUCAGCAUCUUGGAGACAAGUUGUUCCUAGAAACUGUGCUGUUCAAAUAGAAAUAUUAAUUGAAUGUGAAUAAAAAAAUAGUGAA